GGCACUGGCCAGUGUGACCUGUCCCUGGUCAGGGUAAGUGUGGCCUCUGGCCUGCUGCGAGCCCUAAGUCUGUCUUCCUAGCCUAGGCCACGCUCAUGAAUGUGCAGACACGCCAGGACUGAGGUAGGUAGCCAGGUUGCCGCAGAACCUUCCAGCAGUGGGGAGAGCACCCCCUUCCACCUGAAGAAAGAAGCAGCAGAGUCUAGGGCUCCACCGGUCACAGCUCUGGCAUCUCCCCGGAGCAGGGGAGCAUGGAAUUUGGACUUUGCUGAGCACCGAAGUGGAACAGAGAGCUGUUUGACCAGCAGUGCAUCAUGGCCAGUGAGCAGCCGGGCAGCGCCAGCAACAAGCCCCCGGGGCGGGGAGACUCUCAGGACCCCAGGCUUGCUUGCAACCCGUUAAUGGGAGAUGCUGUGUCUGAUUGGUCUCCUUUGCAUGAGGCUGCAAUCCACGGCCGUCUGCUGUCUCUGAAGAACCUCAUCAGCCAGGGAUGGCCUGUGAACCUCAUCACAGCAGACCGUGUGUCCCCACUCCAUGAAGCCUGCCUCGGAGGCCACCCCUCUUGUGCGAGCAUGUUGUUAAAGCAUGGGGCUCAGGUGAACAGCAUCACGACAGACUGGCACACACCCCUGUUCAAUGCCUGUGUCAGCGGCAGCCAGGACUGCGUGGAUCUACUCCUGCAGCAUGGAGCCAACCCCCACCCUCUGAGUGAUCUGGCGUCUCCAAUCCACGAAGCUGCUAAGAGAGGCCAUGUCGAGUGCAUCAAGUCCCUUGCUGCUCACGGGGGCAAUAUUGACCACAACAUCAGCCACCUGGGCACGCCACUGUACCUGGCUUGUGAAAACCAGCACAUUGCCUGUGUCAAGACACUUCUGGAGUCAGGAGCGAACGUGAACCAAGGCAAAGGUCUGGACUCCCCUCUCCACGCAGUGGCCAGGGUGUCCAGCGGGGAGCUCGUCAGCUUGCUCAUGGACUUUGGCGCGGACACCCAGGCCAAGAACGCCGAAGGCAAACGCCCCUUGGAACUGUUGCCACCUGAGAGCCCUCUGAUCCGCCUCUUCUUGCAGAGAGAAGGGCCCCCUCCUUUGAUGCAGCUCUGCCGCCUGCGAAUCCGGAAGUGCUUUGGGAUCCAGCAACAUCAUAAGAUCACCAGACUGGUCCUCCCCCAGGAGCUGAAACAGUUUCUCCUACACCUUUGAGGGUGCCAAGGGAAUAUGGAGUUACAAACAACAGACCAAUGCUACCGCGUCUUGUGGCUUCUGGAAUUUUCACAUCGGUCCCAUUUACAGAGCUUGGCUAGUUUUCUUCCACUGGGUUUUUAUGUUCAGUGGCAACACACUGGGUACUUUUGUGCUAUUAGUAGGAAGGCAGGAAAAUUGGAAGGGGAUGGCUCACACAACUAAUAGUUUUGAACAUCUACUACUUGCCAAGACUGAGCUAGGAACACGUUAUGCCUUGUGUAAUUUAGCCUCACGGCCACCCUGCUGCAUGGGUGAGCUGCUUUCCCCUGCUGCAGGGGAGACAGCCUCAAGGAGGUCAUUUUGUCCAGUUGCCCAUGCGAGGAUAGUUUUUCUGGGGCUGACCUGGGGAGUGUGGAGUGGGGCAGAAUUUUCCCUUUUUACUGUCCUGGCUCCAUCUCCAUGACAUGCAAAGGGAGAUGAAGAGGAAAGACAUUUCUUUGUCCACGUCUGCCAUUGUUUAAAACCCUUCCCAUUCUUAGGACAAAACCACAACUGCCCUAGUAGAGUAGAGGAGUCAGUUUUGCCAACUAAAAUGUCAAAUAUAUUUCAGAUACAUUCUAGAACUGCUACUGUCGAACACAGCACUGUGGCUACUGGCCCAGUGGGUUUUCAACUAGCACUGGUUUGGCUCCCUCAGGGACACUUGAGUGUUUGGGGGUACUUUUGAUUGUCACAGCUGGGACACCUUGUGGGUAGCAGCCAGGGCUGUUGCUAAACCUCCCCGCCACAAAGAAUGAUCCAGUUCAAAAUGUAAGUAGUGCCACAAUUGAGAAACCCUAUGCUAACCUCGUGUGGCCAUUUAAAAAAUAGAAAUUAGAUAAAAUGAAAAAUCUACUUCCUCGGUGUCAGUAGCCACAUUUCUGAUGCUUAACAACCACACACAGCUAGUGGUGCUAUAUUAGACGGCACCCAUAACAUCGCAAAAAAUUCUAUUGCUCCAGCAUUGCAGAAAUUUCUGUUAGCACCCUCCAGAUACUUGGUGGAUGGGUUUGAACUGCCAUUCAGUUUCUGAUUUACUUGAGACCUGUGAUUUGAUUUAAUAAUGAAGGCAGUAGUUUCAGUUUUCUCUCUGAGAGAGGAAUUUGGAGCUCCGUUGACCUGAUAAAAAGAAAGAAAAUAUUGUACAUACUUAAGUCAAAUCCUUACCUGUAUGAUGACAUACAGCCUAAAGGAUCUCUCAAGAUAGUCCAGUAUAGUUUCCUGUGAUUCUCAUAUUCUACUUGCUAUGGAAAAGACACUAUAAUGCCCAACUAGUUUUCCAGCAGAUGGCGCUGCUGCCACAUGGUGGCUAAAGCAAAACGGUAGCUCCUCAUAAAUGACCCAUUGUAAGAUGGUUUACAACAUAAGCUCUGGAAAUUUCCAUCCGGGAAUGAAAACUUUGUAAUCAUCACUCCCAUUGGCAACAGAUUUCCUUUUCCAAACAUUGAAAUGCAACUCUCUAGAACCUCACCUCCCUGCUGCUGUAAAAAAAAAUGCUUGAUCUGAUCGUGUUUACAUUUGUAACGGCUCAGGAUGUAGACAGCUAAUCAACACCAGCAUCCUGCGCUCGCUAAUUCAUUUAGUCCAUCUCUUCGGGACAUAAUUAGUGAGGGCCUGCGUCUGUGCUCUAGGCGCCAGUGGGGCCACGGUGGAAAGGAGCAGCGCGAUGCUGGCUCCGAAUCUUCCACUCCAGCGGGGGAAAUCAUUUGCUAAGGAGAGAGGCGCUGGAGGCCUUUUACUAUAGGUUUUGGUGGUUUUUUUUUUUUUUUUUGAAAACUAGUUUAAAAAAAUAUCACGGCUUCUCAUAUAAAAUGUGUUGGACAGACUUGCUUAUGUCAGUCUUCCCUCAGCCAAAUUCCUCCAAGUUUAAGCCAGGAGUGUAGGGAAUUAGGGAACAAGCGUUUUUCUUCAAUCUCCCAGUGAACCAGUUCGCAUAUCCUUGUAAGAGACGGUCAUUUCCGCAGGUGGGGACAUCACGGCCACCGCCCUCGCGUCCGUUUAGGAAAAUUUCAGAUCACCUCAGCUAGCACUGCUCAAAAAGAAGAUUCUGUUUAACUUGGAAGUCUUUUUUUUUUUUUUUAUGAGCCUAGUGGUGGUUCCAUUUGUCGGUGGUCUACACCUUUGAAUGUUUUAUCAUCACCAUCUGACAGAACUUACCAACUUCUGCCAUCAAGGCUGGUUCGGUGACACAAAGCCCCCCAGCUUCAUGAAUGAGGGGUAGAAAAUGCUCAGUGUGGUGAAACCAUACCAAAACCACCUCUUGAAAAUGGUAAUGACUUUGUUUUAUCUUGUGUCUACUUUGUUUUUAGAUUGCAAACUUAACACAAUUAUUGUAGCCCAGUCUCGUCAUGAUUUUUCUACAUUUCCCUUGGUUUUAUCCAGUCAAAACGCGGGCCAGUAGGUACCUAGGAACGGGACGAUUCAGGUUACAAAUGAAAGGGGGUUGAUUUGUUCUGGGUUUAUUUUGUGGCUGAUUGACGUGGUCCGAUACUCCCUGUACUGGGCUGGAGUGGUCAGUCACUGAGCAGAUACUCGAGGCCCAGAAGCCAGGCAGCAAGAUGUGCUCAGCGGUCUAUUCUGGGGCUUCAUAAUAUGGGGGGGGGGGCUUAUAAUACGAAAGCCCAGCCUUGGGGCUUGAUAGGACCCAGCGACGGUGAAAGGCAGCGAAGUAACAGCUCGCGUUGCAGAGUGCUGCGUAAGGGCCACGGUUCGGCCACUUAUGACCCUCCCCUCAAAGUUCUGUCACCCCACUCUGCAGAUGGGGUGCAGAGGGUUUAAGGAACUCGCAAAAAGCCACACAGAUGGUGACUACAGCACUGCCUUUCAUUUUCUUGCUCCUGGGUACUAGAACCCCUUGCUUCACACCUCACCGCCCCCCCAGCCCCCGUUUGGGAAAAGAGCGAAGCCAGGUAUGAGGUCAAAGGUCGCGCUAGCUCUGCGGCUGCGCCAGGUCAGGCCUGCUGCGACUUGCCUGGGAGCGUUGGACGCUUCGGGUGCAAUUGGAAACUGAGCCCUGGAGGCCGGGAGAGAGGCCGGCCGAUCCUGAUGGGUAAGUGGCGCUUUGCAGUGAUCCUCAGGCCUGGCAGGGCUGGCCCCCAGAAUCUGGGGAGAGGCCUCCACUGACUAGUCCGUAUUGUCUCGCCUGCACAUUAUGCUCUCAAGGCAGCGGCCUCGAAAGGGCUCCCCGUGGAGGGUGAUGGCUGGAGCUAAUGCCACAUGGAGUGGGACAGGGUAAGGAGCCUCCAUGGCGCGGGGCCAGCUUGGGGGGAAUCACUGACAUUUGUGUAGCCUGACCAGGUGCCGGGAAGCUGCCUGGGCUUGGAGCAGAAUUUUCUGGCUGCUCAUUUGCGAGUUGUGCAAGGGCUCUUGUCUGUGUGCUUCCCUGCUGUGAGCGUUCUGUGGCUGCCCACAAAAGACUGCGGGACUUAGUGGCCUGAAGCCACACACAUGUAUUAGCACAUCGUUGGGCAGGUCAGGGGGCCAGGCGCAGCAGGACUGGAUUCUUCCUCUCUCCUCCCCACCCACCUCGCGCCUCGCAGGGCCUUCCGGUAUUGGGCGAGGCUAGUUUUCAUCGAGGCUUGGGGGUUGUAGGGUACGUAAAUGAUACCAGGGUUUUCUGCCCUCCCGCCAUUAGGAUGGAUGGUGGAUCCCUGCGGUCCUGAAGGCAUGCCUGAUGGCGGCACCUGGAGUGGGGUGUGGGCAUGCGUUAGUGGGUGCACCUGGGCUGAGACUGGACUUAAUAAGGGCGGCGUCCCGGGAACGCCAGCAGAAGCAGAAGCACGAGAGAGCAGAGAGAACGCAAGAGAAGGCCGGAGAGCCCAGAGGAGUGAAGGCUUGCUGCACCCCUGCCUGCCGUGUACCCGGUAAAUC